AUGGUUUCAACACCGACCAUCUCGUUUUGUGACCUAGUCACAGAUCUACUCCAACGAUUGUUGAAGACCUGCAAAAUAACUCGUCUCAUUGUCUGCGGUACCAGAACCGAGUUUCUCGUUCAACUCUCUGCGACCAUCCGAAAUCAAUCUACCGACCCGAAUGCUGAAUCCAGUCAUGAUCUUCUUACAAAGACAAUCGGACUACUGGCCAACUCGAGCAAGAUUCAAUUAGCGUUUUGUCCUUCACUGGAGAGCCUUCGAGCAUAUCUUGCGGUCUUUACUUCGGUACAUGGUGCCACCAUGGAAGAGGAAAAAUUGGAGAAGCCGCAGGUUCUUGCAAUCCUGGAUCUCGUGGCUUUACAUGCGACAACGACCGAGUUCUCUGCCCAAGGACUAUCAAGAACACUUGCCACUGCGGUCGAGACUGCAUCCCGCGCAGAAAUUGAUUUGGUUCUCUGUGAAUGCACUAAUGCGGUACACCCUGCAAGUUCUGACUGGGGUUCAAGAUUAUGGGAUACGCAAGUUCCGCUACUUAAUGGGUCCCUACGAAUCCGCAGCGAAGACGGAGGUUGGGGCGGACGUGGUUUGCCCAUUAAACAAGUUGUCGAGCGCUGGUUUGAGUUUGACCAGAACAAUACAUAA